AGACACUGUGUCAGCUUGGUCGCCGUGGCAGCAGUAUUGUGAGGAAGGAGCUUGUAUGAAGCGUCGCUGUGUUCCUCUGAGAGGAGACCACAACCUGCUGACCCCCGACACACACGCACUGUCGGGGGUCAGGAACUGUCCUGUCAUCCGGGUGAGGUUGGAAGGCGUGGCCUCUCAUUCAGGACACCAGAGUGACUUGUCCAGCAGUCAAUCAGCUGUGGGGUCAACGAGGCGACGCCCAGCGUCUUCAACUCGUCGCCUGAGAUUUGAAGAUGAAACAGAGACAGAGGCGGAGUCUCGUUACCAGGAAAGACAGCAGCAGAGAAGAUGGGCGGGGCAGCAGGGGACAGGUGUCCUGGUCUCCAGACUGAACCUGAACCUGUACGUCAGUGGUCAGGCGGGGCCACCUGUACCUGUUGACAGGGGGCGGAGCCUGUCCCGGCCCCAUGUCAACCUGAGGACUGAGCCAAUCAGAGAGACCUACAUUGGCCCUGUCACACCUCAGAACAAAUCGCUCUGCAGAGGGGGCGGGGCUGAGCGUGUCACCAACAUUCAGAUGAGGAGUAGAACCAAUGAGGGUACACCUACAACAGACCUGCCAAUCAACCCUUAUGCUCCUGACCAACUGACCACGCCUGCCUUCACAUGUCCCUCCCCGUCCUCUCCUCUUCUUGUGAUAUCAGUGAUGACGUCACAGAGUGUUGGGCUCAAUGGUUCAGAGGAAGAACAGGAUCUGAACCAUGACCAGGAUACUCAGGGGAGACCUGAAGGACUUGAGCCCAACAAAGAGCUCCAAUCUGUAGCAGAGCCGAGAGACCAGAGUCCCUGUGUGGAGGUGGAGGAGGGAGGAGGGAUCAGAAGGAUGAAGAACUCUUCUUCUUCCUCUUCUUCAGGGACAAGCACAGAAGCAACAGCAGAGAGAUCAGCCCCACCCAUCCAAGAGAGCAGCAGGAAUGGACGGGUCAACCAGCCAAUAAGAACAAAGCUCUACACUUCACUUCCUGAACAAUUCAGCAGCAGAGAAGAACCUUCUCGGCUUUCUCUGCGUCGUCUUCUCUCCAGCGCCAGACUCGGCAGGACUCGAACUAGCAGCCUGGAUCGACACAGCAUCAGGGCCCGGCCCUCAGCAUUAGACCCCGCCCCCUCCAGUUUGCUGAGUUUGGGGUCGCCCUUCUUCCAGUUAAGGAAGGUGUUGUCAGUUCAGAGUGUUGUCUCCGAGCAGAAGAAGAGAGAUGGUGACUACAGACCAGCUGCCGACACAUAACUCACCUGUUUAAAUAUCAAAUCUUCAGAGGCCAUUACCAUGAAGCCAGAGACGCUGGUUUCAUUCUGGUAGUAACAGAAGACCACCAUCGCAACCAAUGCUGCAAGUUCCCUUCAACAGUUCAACUACCGACCAAUCAAAUGGAGAUGACUGCACGUCACAUGAUGAGCAGGGGACACAUGUGAUGUCCCUUCCUGGUCCAGGCGCACAGAGACAACCAAUUACGUUGGAGAAAACAGUGAUAGCCAAUCAAAACCUCAGUUUCACUCUCAGUUUCUUGUAACAAUGUUUGAGCAUCGAGGACGUGGAGCGUCCAUGUCCUCAGCGUUCUGCCGGUCCAGUUCUUCAUGUUCUGAUGGAACGUUUCUGUUUGAACUAUAUCGAGCAAGGAACCGACGUAGAUGAUGAGGGGCCGUGACUUGGGUACUUAAAAUACUACAACAAUUAAACAACAGUUUAAUAACACUGUAUUGACGGUGUAGGUGUUCACGUGGGGGACAUGGACGCUUCCUUUCGGUCAAACACGAGAUCCUGGAGGUGAACGUGGAGAAGGGGGCGUCUCUCAGUCUGGAUCAGGUGACCCACCUGUUCGGGUCCUCCAACAGAUGGCGAUGGCAGCGCCACCUACAUUUCUACAACUGAACUACAGCACCUGAACUCCGCUUCUUUCCCAAAGCACAGCUGUGGCACCUGGUCCAAUCAGAACACAGAACCUGAUGACGCUGUUCACAGUUUGUUUGAUUAAGAUUCUCAGAUCAAAAUAUCAAACGUAGUUCAAAGAGAAAAAAUAAAGGUCCAGUUCAGUUUAAGUUUGAAAUCUUAUCAAAGUGAUUGAUAAGAUUUAUUUUAAGAUCACUGUUGUUUAUAUUAACGUUAUGUGUUGUAUAAUAUUUGAUGUUAUUACAUGCUAAUUAACAAUAUUGAUGCUAAUUAAUGUUAAUGUUGAUUAAAGACAUCAGUUGUGCUUCCUGUUCUUUAAUAGCAGGUUAUUAGAACUUUACAGUUUUCAAACUGAUUCUAAAAAUCAAUGACAAACUGAUCACUGAUCAAUCACAGUUUUACUUUAACCAUCAUUUCAGUUGAACCUGGAACUAAAUGACACAAACUGUUGAUUAUUAAAGAAAAGUUUUUUUA